AUGUCAGGCACUAGUCCACUUCCUUCAGAUAUAGCAUCUACAUCACCUUCCACUCCUGCAAUGUCAGCCACUAGUCCUCUUCCUUCAGAUAUAGCAUCUACAUCAGCAUCCACUCCUGCAAUGUCAGCCACUAGUCCUCUUCCUUCAGAUAUAGCAUUCACAUCAGCAUCCACUCUUGCAAUGUCAGCCACUAGUACUGUUCCUUCAGAUAUAGCAUCUACAUCACCUUCCACUCCUGCAAUGUCAGCCACUAGUCCUCUUCCUUCAGAUAUAGCAUCUACAUCACCUUCCACUCCUGCAAUGUCAGCCACUAAUCCUCUUCCUUCAGAUAUAGCAUCUACAUCACCUUCCACUCCUGCAAUGUCAGCCACUAGUACUCUUCCUUCAGAUACAGCAUUCACAUCAGCAUCCACUCCUGCAAUGUCAGCCACUAGUCCUCUUCCUUCAGAUAUAGCAUCCACAUCAGCAUCCACUCUUACAAUGUCAGCCACUAGUCCUCUUCCUUCAGAUAUAGCAUCUACAUCACCUUCCACUCCAGCAAUGUCAGCCACUAGUCCUCUUCCUUCAGAUAUAGCAUCUACAUCAGCAUCCACUCCUGUAAUGUCAGCCACUAGUCCUCUUCCUUCAGAUAUAGCAUCCACAUCAGCAUCCACUCCUGCAAUGUCAGCCACUAGUCCUCUUCCUUCAGAUAUAGCAUCUACAUCACCUUCCACUCCUGCAAUGUCAGCCACUAGUCCUCUUCCUUCAGAUAUAGCAUCUACAUCAGCAUCCACUCCUGCAAAUGUCAGCCACUAG